AUUAACGGAGGAAGUAUAAAAAAUUCAUCAGAAAACCUUUGGUAAACAAGCUGCAGGGAUUAUGUACAACAAUAAGGAGUAGAUAAAACCAUCACAAUAGCACAAAGUCAAAAAAAUUGCUUUUUUUCUGUUAUCUUUUGGGCUAGCAAUGACUUGGUACAAUAGUAACUUAUUGCUUGACACUUACAUCUUAGGGAGUUGGAGGGCCAAUAAUUUGAGCAGUUAGAACCUUAGUAGGAAUUCUAUCUUGUUGACCAACUCCACCUCUUCUGUUAUCCUCCAUCUUUUUCUUUGACUUCACAAUAGUUUUCUUCUAUAAAUACUUAACAAACCUAUCUUAUCAUACCACAAGUCCACAACAGUUAAGCAAUAACAGUAAUCCAGCUUAUUAUUAGUGCUGAAAACACUGGUGUACCUCUAAACACUAAAACAAACAUGGUCAAGUCCAUGGGUUACUUUGUUUUUGUUGUUCUCCUAGCAUUUGCCCCUUCAUGCUUCUCUUUUGAACCACAAAUGGGGUAUCUCUGCCCUCAGUUCUAUGAUCACUCAUGCCCUCAACUGCAACAGAUAGUCAAGUCCAUUGUUGCUCAGGCGGUUGCCAGGGAUCGCAGAAUGGCUGCUUCCUUGCUUAGGCUUCAUUUCCACGAUUGCUUCGUUAAGGGAUGUGAUGCCUCAUUGCUGCUAGACGACGGUGAAGGCAUAGUCUCGGAGAAGGGAUCAAAGCCUAAUAAGAACUCUGUUCGAGGAUUUGAGGUCAUUGACGAGAUCAAGGCUGCAGUAGAGAAAGCAUGUCCCCAUACAGUCUCUUGUGCUGAUAUCCUUACAAUAGUUGCUAGGGAUUCAACUGUCAUUGCUGGCGGACCGAGCUGGGAAGUUCCCCUAGGAAGAAGGGAUUCCAGAGGAGCAAGUAUACAGGGAUCUAACAACGACAUUCCUGCUCCUAACAACACAUUUAACACCAUUCUUACCAAGUUUAAACGCCAAGGCCUUAACCUUGUUGACCUUGUUGCUCUCUCAGGUGCUCACACAAUAGGUUUUGCAAGAUGCGUCAGCUUCAGGCAAAGGCUCUACAACCAGAAUGGAAAUGGGCAACCUGACUUCACACUUGACCCAGCAUAUGCUUCUAAAUUGCGAAACCAAUGCCCGCGUUCUGGUGGUGACCAAAACCUGUUCUUCUUAGAUUAUGUAACCCCCUUCAAGUUCGAUAACAGCUACUACAAGAACAUAUUGGCUAACAAGGGGCUGUUGAACUCGGACCAAGUUUUGUUAACCAAGAAUCAAGAAUCAAUGCAACUAGUGAAACAAUAUGCCGAGAACAUGGAGCUUUUCUUUGACCAUUUUGCCAAGUCCAUGAUAAAUAUGGGUAACAUCACCCCAUUACUAGGCCCAAAAGGAGAGAUCAGGCAGAACUGUAGAAGGAUAAAUUCAUACUAAGAUCCUCUAUACUUCUCUGUUUUGUUGUCUGUCAAAAUUAUGGUGUAAUAUAUUCUGUUACGUUAUUUGUUUUCCAAAUUUCAUUGUAUGUGCGUUUGAAGCGGAGUAGUGGCUGCCUGCGGCAAGCUCUGAGAUAAAUUGUAUAUCAGUCUUUUACAGUUGAAAUAAAGUAUUGCUAAUCUCAUGAUUUAAUCUUUCAUAUACAAGUAUGUUAUUUUUACUCAA